AUGAACAGAUACCCUGGUGGUCUGACAGCAUACACCGAAGUCGAUUGCAUAAAAGCAAGGACUGUAAAGGAGCACUUUAUUGAGCAAUGUGCAGUACUUCGAUAUUACCAGCAUGCAGCUCCUUGGCGAUUCGAGAAGCUGCCCUCACUUGCCCAUGAAGAGCUUGGAUCCGACAUUGCCAAUAGAAUCGACAGCAUCCGCCUAUACCACAAAGCUGGCUACGAGAUCGUUUUCCACGUCCACUUUGAAACAAAAGAUGCGUGUAUAUCAGCUCUGAAAAAGAUGAGGAAGGGAGAAGCCAACAAGACCAUACGUCAAUCACCUCUCCAACUAUAUCGGAUGUUCACGUUAAAGAAAAUAUACAGCAUUUACACCAUUAGGCUACCACUUGACUCGCCUGCCAAUGCUCUGAAUGAGAUCAAACAAGCCUUGGCACCCACAAAACGUGUGAUUGUCGACAUCCUGCUGGGCACAGAUGACAUGUUCAAAAAAUACAAUGGUACAGCAUCGAUUAUUCUACAAGGACAAGGCUGCAUCGAUAUCACUCUAUACGGCACUUCUUUUACCAUUUAUCCGGAGGAGCAGCCAAAGAUAACAGGCUACCUAUAUUGUAAACACUGCAAAUUCAUCAAUGAUCAUGAUACAGAUGAGUGUCCCCAUCAACCAGAGGCUCAAGAGCAACCUGAGGAUGAAGGGCAAUCUGAGGAUGAGAAGCAAGGAGAAGAGUUUGAGAAAAUUGACAACAAUGGUAUCAGUAACGAUAGCACACACAAGACAAACAGGCUAUAA